AUGUUUUGCAUAGGGGCAGCUGCAGCUGCUGCAGCGGCGACGCUCCCCUCCCCCUCUCUGUCCUUCCUCCUUGAAUGGAACGGCAGCGUUGCCGGUGAUGGCUCAUGGCUUGGCGGCGACGCUCACCUCCCCCUCUCCAUCCUUCCUCUUGUGAAUGGAACGGCAGUGUCAUUUCUCUAUCCUUCCCCCUCCCUUUCUCUGUCCUCUCUCUGUGAAUGGCGUCGAGCGUGCAGGGAUGACUCACGGCGCAGCGGAAACAGACCCGAGCUCAGAUCGCCACUGCAACGACGUACUGAUGCAGUGGCGUCGCCACAAAAUCAAAUCCCAAUCCCUAAAUUGAAACCGGCGGGCAAAGAACGAGGAGCCGAGGAGGGAGACGAGGCGAGCACAGGAAAUACACGAAGGAUCAGGUCAGGUGCUAUCCAACGUAGAGUCAUUUCACUCCUUCGGUCGAAAUACUUUACCGUUAAGAAUCGGAUAAGCGUCUCGUGGUCCGUGGAUGGUGUUGAGGUGCUCGUUCGGAAAUUCGGAAUCGGAGUGAGCAAUAUGUUACGCCAAGAGACUAAUGGUGAAGAAAGACGGCUUAAUAGGGAUGAAGAGGAUGAGGAGGAGGAAAAUGAUAGGGGUCGUGAUGCAUGGGAGAGAACUUAUGCAGAUGAGAGAUCUUGGGAGUCUCUGCAAGAGGAUGAAUCUGGACUCCUUCGCCCUAUUGACAACAAAACCCUCUACCAUGCUCAAUAUCGUCGACGCCUUCGCACUGCAACUUCUGCUCGAAUUCAGAAGGGCCUUAUUCGCUAUCUAUACGUUGUCAUCGAUCUCUCCCGGGCAGCAACAGAGAUAGACUAUAAACCAAACCGAAUGGUCGUGGUUGCUCGACAAGUGGAGGCUUUCAUCAGGGAGUUCUUUGACCAAAAUCCUUUGAGUCAAAUUGGUCUGUUAACCUUAAAAGACGGGGUCGCUCAUUGCCUAACAGAGCUUGGUGGCAGUCCUGAGUCUCAUAUCAAAGCAUUGAUGGGUAAGUUGGUGUGCUCAGGUGAUGCCUCCCUGCAAAAUGGCUUAGAUCUCGUGCACAGCCUUCUCAAUCAAAUCCCAUCAUAUGGUCACCGUGAAGUCCUUAUUCUGUACUCCGCUCUUAGCACUUGUGAUCCAGGUGAUAUAAUGGAAACAAUCCAAAAGUGCAAGUCAUCUAAGAUUAGGUGCUCAGUAAUCGGUCUCUCUGCUGAGCUCUACAUAUGCAAAUAUCUUUGCCAAGAAACUGGUGGAUCAUACUCUGUUUCCUUGGAUGAGCCUCAUUUAAAAGAAUUAGUGCUCGAGCACGCUCCACCACCUCCAGCUAUAGCAGAAUUUGCAAUUGCGAAUUUGAUCAAGAUGGGUUUUCCACAAAGAGCAGCAGAAGGUGUUAUCUCAAUCUGUUCGUGUCAUAAAGAGGCCAAGGUUGGUGGAGGCUAUACUUGUCCAAGAUGCAAAGCACGCGUUUGUGAGUUGCCUACCGAAUGUUGUAUAUGUGGACUGACCCUUGUUUCCUCACCCCAUUUGGCAAGGUCGUAUCAUCAUCUAUUUCCUAUUACGCCAUUUGAUGAUGUAGCGCCAUCAGUUUCUAGUGAUCCACACAAAGUGCCAAAAAAUUGUUUCGGUUGCCAACAAAGUCUCCUAGCUCCUGGAAAUUUGCCAGGUCUAUCUGUUACUUGUCCGAAAUGCAAACAACAUUUCUGUCUCGAUUGUGACAUUUACAUUCAUGAGAGCUUGCACAACUGCCCUGGCUGUGAAAGCUUCAAACAUUCGGAGUCUCAAUAG